AUGACAGAGCCAAGAGAAAGAAGAAACCAUGAUAGUCUUAAGCAAAACAAGUUCAUCAAAUCAUUGAAGUCUAUGUUUGUAUGGUAUCCUAAUGGAUACUCCAAAGCUGAGAAAAGAUUGUUGUUUAAAUUAGAUUUAAGUUUACUGGUUUAUGGAUGUCUUUCAUUUUUCGUUAAAUCCUUAGAUAGUUCAAACAUCACAAAUGCCUAUGUUUCGGGAAUGAAAGAAGAUUUAUCUCUAUAUGGUAAUGAGCUAAAUUGGUUACAGAUCACAUAUUUACUAGGUUAUGUGAUUGGACAGGUUCCAUUUUUAGUAUUGAUGUCAAGACCAAAAUUUUCAAAAUAUGUUUUACCAACUUUGGAAGUCUUAUAUGGUAUUUGUACAUUUGCACAAUCACGUAUAGUCACAGUUAACCAAUUAUAUGCUGUUAGGUUUCUUCUAGGACUCCUUGAAGCUCCUUCGUUUACAGGAGUUCAUCAAACAUUGGGCUUCUUUUAUGGAACAAAGUCUUAUAAAGGGAAUAGCACAGAAAUAUAUGUUAGAAGUGGAACUUGGUUUUUAUCAUCUCAUGCAGCUAAUAUGUUUUCGGGUUAUUUACAAUCUGCAGCUUAUACAAAUUUAUCUGGGGUUAAUGGAUUAAAAGGAUGGCAAUGGCUAUUUAUUAUUGAUGGUAUCAUCACAUUACCUAUUGCAUUAAUAGGGUAUGCAUUUUGGCCCGGAUUACCAGAGAGUGGUAAACCUUGGUAUUUAACGGAUGAUGAGUAUAAGUUAGUAUUGAAGCGAACUGAAAGAUAUAAAGUUUCCAAAGCUGGCAAAUUGGACCGAGAUGUAUUAAAAAGAACAUUCACACAAUGGAAAUGGUAUGUUUGUGUUUUUGGGUAUAUUUGUAUGUUAUUAGGCCAUCACACAGCAGGUUAUAUGUCAUUAUGGCUGAAAGCUCAGAAAAGAUAUUCAGUUGUUCAAAUUAAUAAUUAUCCAACUGCUGUUAGUGCUAUAUCUAUAGUGACAAGUUUUGUUGGUGCAUCAUUAGCAGCAGUUUAUUCACCUUGGAAAAUAUUCAUGAUUUCCAUCACGGGUGGUAUUGUUCAAAGUUUAAUAAUGACUAUUUAUAAUGUCCCCACGGGACUUGUAUUUUUUGCAUUUUAUGCAAGUGGAUUAACUUCAUGUGGAUCACCAAUAUUGUAUGCAAGUGUUAACAGAAUUUUAAAAAAUGAUCCAGAACAGAAAUCAAUUGUCAUGGGGUCAAUGAUGGGUAUUGGAUAUUUUGUUUAUACGUGGGCUCCCUUGGGACUUUUCCCAACAGGAGAAAAAUAUGGGGAAAGAGCUGCACCAAGAUGGAAAAUUGGUUAUCCUGCUUCCCUAGGUUUCAACAUAGCAAUGGCAUUAUCGUUUUUGGCUAUUACCUGGUUAGAUAAAAGAGAUAGACGGAAAAGAGGUGAAGUGGAAAAUGUUGAGGAUGAUGUGGUAUAUAGUGAUGACGAGGAAGAAGAGGAAGUCGGUGAAGAAUAUGAGCUAACAAAUGAAAAUGUUUCAAAGGGCGAUGUUAAGGAAGUAAUAAGACUGAAAACAAAUUCGAUUUCUGAGUGA